CAUCGCCGUCGCCGGUCACUUCUCCGAAAAGCUUGGGGGGUUCCGAGCACUUGAGGGGGCGGAUAAUGGGGGUUCCGGCCUUCUUUCGGUGGUUGAGCCGCAAAUACCCGUCUAUCAUCGUGCACUGCACCGAAGAGAAGCCUAAAGAAUGUAAUGGUAUAAAAAUUCCAGUUGACACCAGCAAGCCGAAUCCCAAUGAAGUUGAAUUUGAUAACCUGUAUUUGGAUAUGAAUGGCAUCAUCCAUCCUUGUACACAUCCUGAGGACAAGCCAGCUCCCAAAAAUGAAGAUGAAAUGAUGGUAGCCAUUUUUGAGUAUAUUGACAGGCUGUUCAACAUUGUCAGGCCUAGACGGCUUCUCUACAUGGCAAUAGAUGGAGUGGCUCCCCGUGCAAAAAUGAACCAGCAAAGAUCCAGAAGAUUCAGAGCAUCAAAGGAAGGAGUGGAGACCGUAGAAGAGAAGCAGAGAAUAAGACAAGAGAUCUUGGGAAAAGGUGGCUUUCUUCCUCCAGAAGAAAUAAAAGAAAGAUUUGACAGCAAUUGUAUUACUCCAGGAACGGAGUUUAUGGACAAUCUUGCUAAAUGUCUUCGCUAUUAUGUUGCUGAUCGUUUAAACAAUGAUCCAGGAUGGAAAAAUUUGACGGUUAUUUUAUCUGAUGCGAGUGCUCCUGGUGAAGGUGAACACAAAAUCAUGGAUUACAUACGAAGGCAAAGAGCUCAACCGAACCAUGAUCCAAACACUCACCACUGUUUAUGUGGCGCUGAUGCUGAUCUCAUUAUGCUUGGAUUAGCUACACAUGAACCAAAUUUUACUAUAAUCAGAGAAGAAUUUAAGCCUAAUAAACCUAAGCCGUGUGGUCUUUGCAACCAGUUUGGACAUGAAGUUAAAGAUUGUCAAGGUCUGCCAAAAGAAAAGCAGGGGGAGCACGAUCAAUUUGCAGAUUGUCCUCCUGGGAUGGAACAAGAAUUUAUCUUUAUUCGCUUAUGUGUUUUGAGAGAAUAUUUGGAAAAAGAACUAACGAUGGCCAGUUUGCCUUUCCCUUUCGAUGUCGAAAGAAGUGUUGAUGACUGGGUUUUCAUGUGUUUCUUUGUGGGAAAUGACUUUCUGCCUCAUUUACCCUCGUUAGAGAUCAGAGAGGGAGCAAUUGACCGUCUAGUGAACAUUUAUAAAAACGUCGUGCACAAAACUGGAGGGUACCUUACAGAAAAUGGCUACGUCAACUUGCAAAGAGUGCAGAUGAUCAUGUUAGCUGUUGGAGAAGUUGAAGAUAGCAUUUUUAAGAAGCGAAAAGAUGAUGAGGAAAAUUUCAAAAGAAGACAGAAGGAAAAAAAGAAAAGAAUGAAGAGGGAACAACAUUCUAUGGCUGGAGGGCAGUUUACCCCACAACCUUUGGGGAGGGGAAAUAGAUCAAGCCAUCAGCCAAUCAGUAAUCCAAGGCAUACGGCCUUUGAAAUGAGAAUGCAGGACAGACAAAAUACAACUCCUUCAGCUUCUCCUAAUACCAGCUUCACAUCUGAUGGUACGCCAUCCCCAACAGGAGGAAUUAAACGAAAAGCAGAGGACAGUGACAGUGAACCUGAGCCUGAAGAUAAUAUCAGGUUAUGGGAAGCAGGCUGGAAGCAGCGGUACUACAAAAACAAAUUUGAUGUUGAUGUCUCCGAUAAAAAAUUCCGCCGUAAAGUUGUACAGUCUUACGUGGAAGGGCUUUGCUGGGUUCUCAGAUAUUAUUAUCAGGGCUGUGCCUCCUGGAAAUGGUAUUAUCCUUUCCAUUAUGCACCGUUUGCUUCAGAUUUUGAAGGGAUCACAGACAUGCCCUCAGACUUUGAAAAGGGAACCAAACCGUUCAAACCCCUUGAACAACUUAUGGGAGUCUUUCCAGCAGCCAGUGGUAACUUUCUCCCAACAACUUGGCGAAAACUUAUGAGUGAUCCGGAAUCAAGUAUAAUUGACUUCUACCCUGAAGAUUUUGCUAUUGAUUUGAAUGGGAAGAAAUUUGCUUGGCAAGGUGUUGCUCUGUUGCCAUUUGUUGAUGAACGUCGUCUGAGAGCUGCUCUUGCAGAGGUGUAUCCUGACCUCACUUCUGAAGAAACCAGAAGAAAUAGUCUUGGUGGUGAUGUUCUCUUUAUUGGAAAGCAUCAUCAACUUCAUGACUUCAUUCUUGAACAGUAUAAGUCGGGUGAAAAAGAGCCAGUAGACAUGCCCCCUGAACUGUGUCAUGGUAUUCAAGGAAAACUUACAAUGAAUGAAAAUCCAGUUCUGCCAGAUGAGACAGUGCACUCUCCUGUGCCAGUGCUGCGUGAUCUGACACAGAAUUCUGCAAUAAGUAUCAACUUUAAAGACCCGCAGUUCCAAGAAGACUUUAUUUUUAAGGCAGUGGUCUUAUCUGGAGCGAAAAAGCCUCCACCAGUUCUGAAACCUGGUGACUGGGAGAAAACUAAUAAUGAUGGUAGACCUUGGAGGCCGCAGCUUGGCUUUAACCGUGACAGGAGACAGGUUCACUUGGACCAGUCAUCAUUCAGAACAUUAGGCCAUGCAAUGUCAAGGGAUAGAGGACAGUCAGGAAGUGGAGUUUACAGCAAUAUUGCUCCCCCUGGAGCUUACAAUCAAGGAAACACAUAUAGACCACUGCUGGGUAGACCGCAACAACAGAUUCCAAAAUUGUUAUCAAACCUUAGGCCCCAAGACUCCUGGCAAGGUCCUACACCUCUGUUUCAACAACCACCACAAAGAUUUGACAGAAAUUCUGGGGCCACCCCUCUUCUUGCUUGGAACCGCAUGCCCCACUCCCAGGGACCAUCAUAUCAACAAAAUCAGUACCAAGGUCCAGGUGGACCAAUGAAUUAUCCACAAAGGCCCAAUGACCGGAGGGAUCGGGGAAGACAGGGUUAUGGAAGACCUUACCCAUUGCCACCCUCUUCUGGAAGAUACAAUUGGAAUUAGUCUUUUGGCAUUUUCCACAAUUUAAAAUCUGUUUUUAUGAUCAUUUAUCAUCUGAGUAGUUAUCAGAUGAUAAUCUUUCUUUUUAAACUGUACAUUUUUACUGAGAAGAUUUGAUAUGAUGCGUAUGUUGCUUUACAACUGUAUUGCAGAAUACAAUUAAUACUUAUUUGCUUGUGUGAACAUCUAAUGAAGCAAGAGUACUGUUCUGUCUUUAGUGUGGGUUUUAUAGCAUUACAUUUACAUUGUUGAUGACUUUCGAUUUCACAUCAGAAUAUUCCUUAGGUUCACAAUUCCAAAAAUGUUUAACAUUAGAAAAAUAGCAUUGAAAAGAUCAACAGAAAUAUGCACAAUUGUGUGUAAUUGUGGAAGUUGACUUAGAAAGCCAUCUACAAGGACCGAAUCUUAAAAGACUUUUUCAGUAUUCCUUCUGAUUGCUUCAUUGAUGUAUUUGUCCCUUUGAAAACAUGAUUGCUGAACUCACAAGUAAAAGUCAACUUUUACAAAACCUGCGUGGUCUUUAUUAUGACAUUUAACUCAUAUUAUGGAAUUAAACAAGAAGUUCUUAACUUUAGUUGAAUCAUGCCAAUAUUGGUGUUCAAACAUCAUAUAAAUGGAUCUGAAACAAUGAACUCUUGAGUUUCAUCUGCAGGUCACUUAUAUUUUUGCCCACAUAAAGCAAACUCUGUGUGUGUGUGUGUGUGUACGUACGUGCAGCUGUGAGAGAGGGAGAGAAGAAAAACCUUAUUUCCUUAACUACUUAAAUGUUGACUUGCUAGCAUAAGGCUUUUCCCACAUUGUUUAGAUACUAAGGGGUGUCUAGCUGGUCCCUUCUCCACAUCAUUAGGUUGUGUACCACUAUUCCACAAACUCCGCUUUUUGCUCUUAGGAGGACAACAUGAAAAUCCCACAUGGUGGGGGGUGCAAUUUUAGCAGGUGAGAAGUGACUGAAUUGAGCCCAAAUGGUAAAUUUCAGAAAACUAUAGUCUUUAAUGUUCACUUGAUGUCAUCAUCCUCAGAUGCUAUAUAUUUUAAUAUAUGUGUUCAGAUAUUCACUCCACUAGUUAUCAACUGAUGAGAAAUUGCAGCUGCAAUACUUACUUGAGAGUAAAUCUAAUUGAACUUCAUAGAGUAUUUCUGAGUAGACAUGCAUAGGAUUGCAUUCUAUAUGAGGGCUAUGGAGGCCACACUCUAGUUCAUUGGUUCCCAAAGUGGGCGGUGGGAUUGCAUAGAGGGGCACUAAGAGGCAAAGGGGCGGCAGGGGGGCGCUCGAGGUGGUCUUUUCCGAGAAGCGCCUCUCCAGAAGGUCUUAAAACCCAGGGACAUUUUUAUGGGAGAAGGUAGUUUGGUCCCAAGCCAUCUAGGGGAAGAAUCCACACAUGUAUUCAUACCGUUUAAGAAGAGUCCUUUUAACGGUGAAUUGAAAUGUUUCAAAAGCACCAAAACGCUAAUGAAGAGACAUACCCUGCUUGGUGUGCCCUGCCACACCGGCUGCAAAACAGGCAUUCGCUCUCUUUUCCUUCCUUCCCUUGGCAAGCCUGUGGCAAGUGCUUCCCAUUUAAAGGGGCCAAUUGAGCUACAAAAUGACAUUGAGCUGAAGCCAAAAUUUAAGAAAUCAUACCAGGAGUUUUGGUUACAGAAGGAAAUUUCUGAUCACUAUCCUGCACUAUGGAGAGUGGUUUAGAAGCUCCUGGUUGCAUUUCCAACAUCAUAUUUGGUGGAAUGUGGUUUUAGUGUGGUCUGCCUAAUUCUCUCUAAGAAAAGAAAUUGACUCCAGAUUACUAAAUGUAGUGAUUUAGGAAUCAUGUUAAGUGAUUUUAAACCAGACAUUGGGAAAGUGGUAACACUUCAUCAAGCCCAUUCAUCACAUAAAGAAUUUACAGAAUAGUGAGGUACUCUACCCUAGUUACUAAAUGUGAUGUCUAAUAUUCUUGCUAAAUGACUAUCAGACUUUGAAAAGAUGAUAUCACUGGAUCAUGUUCAUCAGUUAUGUUUAAUUGAAUAUACUAAAAAAAUGUAAUUGGAUUUUGAAUAAAUAUUCAAUUGUUACUGUUUUGAA